AUGACGAACAGCCCGCGCAAGUCAAUUGAUAGUCUGGCGUCCGGCGCAUCCACGCCAUCUAUCUCGCACUAUUCUACGACUCAACUGGAGUCGCCUCGGGUUCCCCCUCAGCGGUUCCCCCUGAGGAGGGGAUCCACAGCGAGCUCUAUUGUGAGCAUUGGAGGGAUCCUGGAUACCUCACAACACCAAGGGUCUAUUGCAGAGUCAGGACAGAACGCCAUUUCGACCCUCUUGCAAGCCCCCAUAAUUCGAACCGGGCUAACACCCCACACCGCUGUGUCGACCACUGGAUACAAACCUCCAUCAUCACGCGAUAUUGCGCCAGUAACCUUGACCAAUAUCACCCAUGUAGAGUCGAAGGUAUUCCAGCCGUACUUGUCGCAAGUAGGCUCGUUAUAUGAUGUUUUCCAGCAGUCGAAAGAAAGUACCGGAGAGGAAGGCGCAGCAUCCCCAAGCCUCAAAUCACCCAAACCUGAAUAUAAGGAUUCAUUGAUGCCAUGGAGCCCGGAGCGGAGAUCUUCGACUAUAUCAAACAACUCAAGGCCAACUUCUCCUUAUGAUCCACGUGGCCGACGGCCCUCAGUGCGCGGCCGCGGCCCUGCAGUAACACCCCUCUCGACUAUCCCACCUGUCUAUCUUGAAGAAGACUUCCAUCUGGAGAAUCCUCGGACAUUUGAUGUUAUAUCAGAAAAAUCGGAGGUAGUAAGACCGCCUCGGCCUCCUGUGAAAGACGACCUGCAGUCCAAUGGGGGCACACCGGAGCCUGUUCAUACCGGAAGGAAGGCACUUGCGACCAAUGCCAUUUUGCAGGAGAAGCUAUCUUGGUAUAUGGAUACCGUGGAAAUUCAUUUGAUAUCCUCCAUUUCGACUGCCUCUAAAUCAUUUUUCACGGCAUUGGGUUCAUUGCGAGAAUUACAUGCGGAGGCGGCAGAGUCGGUAGAAAGAAUCCAAGUUCUGCGUCGGGACCUCCAGAAGAUUGAUAAGGAGAUGGCUCUGGGGGGCUUAAAAAUUGUGAAUCUACGGCGACGGAGAGAAAAUGUACGGAUGCUGGCUGCUGCUGUGGCUCAACUUCGUGAUGUGGUGGAUGCUGUAUCUCGAUGCGAAGAACUGGUCGAACAGGGUGACAUCGAAGUUGCCUCUGAUGAACUCGAAGAGGUAGAGAAGUUGAUGGCUGGUGAGAAGGUGUCUGAUCGCUCAGUCGGAGACGAUGAUAAGGACAUCCCUCGACGAGCAAUUGAUCUUCGAGGACUCAAUGCUCUGGAUGGCGCAUCGGAAGACCUUGCACAAUUACGACAGCGUAUUGGAAUGGGAUAUGAAACCCGCUUCUUGAAUGAUCUGCUCGGCGACUUGCGUGAGCACGUCCAGAACGUGUCCUCGGAUGUUACUUUGCAGCGCUGGGGCUCUUCCUUCUUGCGGCAAAGAGGCGGAAACCGUCCUGUUUCGAUGGUAUCUCCCGCAUACAUGAACAUUGAUAACGAUUUACGAUCGAAAUUGCACAUACAGCUGACUGGUCUGGCAAGAGCUCGCUUCACCACGCCUGCCGCAACCUCCUUCAAGGGAGCUGUAUUGCGAGAAAUGAAAGGACUUAUCCGCAAACACUUGCCCAGCUCAAGUGAUGAUGACAAUGAAUCUAUGGUAUCAGUUUCAACCGUCGGCGACCGUCAACGCAGCCAGCAAGAGAAAUCUUCUGUCCUCGCACGUAAUUUGCGAGCUCUUGACCCAGAGGAUGCCUAUCAAAUGCUAUUGGCAGUCUAUACGGGCAUUAGUGAAUGCCUACGUCGAUUAAGCACCCAAGUCAAGAUUCUUUUGGAUAUUGCUAGUGGUCUCGAAAAUCCUGCGACAAACCGUGCGAGGUCGCCUCGGAGCCCAAACACGCAAGUCAUGAACCAAAAUGUCAAAUCUCCACCUGGACGUCCAUCACCUUCUGCUCAGAUGGCACAAGACGAGAUCUUGCAGGUUUUGGACAUGUCCAGUCUUCUAGGUCAAGCGGUGGAUAUUGCCCAGUCUCAGAUCACCAAGGUUCUUAAGGUUCGGUCUGAACAGACUUCGCAGCUCUCCAAGGAGGAAUUUCUCAAAUACUUCACUCUCAACCGUCUUUUUGCCGACGAAUGCGAAGCUAUCUCUGGUCGAGGAGGCACAGCGCUUAGGACAAUUGUUGGUAACCAGAUUCGUGAGUUCAUCUCCAAAUUUGGUGAGACACAACGACAUCGCAUUGUCAAUGUCAUGGAUGCGGAUCGUUGGGACGCACGCGAUUUUGGAGAAGCUCAAGUCACUAUUUUGACUCGAAUACUGGAUGCAAGCACUAAGGAUAUCGAAGCAUGGGUUGAGAUCUCCAAAAUUUGGAUUCCCUACAACGAGAAAGAGCAGACCAAUUCAUCAGAAACCGCCUCUACCACCAACGGCUCAGGCAAGGAGAAAGUGCGCAGUGCAGUCAUUGAUGAACAAAAAUACAUACUGCCAGACUCAGCAGUUGCAAUCAUGCGCAGUAUUGAGGAAUUUGAGUUCCUCAUGGCGAACAUUCCUAAUAUGAUCCAAGACAUUGCUCCGCAACUGCUGGAGAUUCUGAAGCUUUUUAACUCCCGGUCUUCACAAUUGAUCCUUGGCGCUGGUGCUACCCGUAGCGCAGGACUGAAGAACAUUACAACCAAACAUCUCGCUCUGUCCUCUCAAGCAUUGAGCUUUGUCGUCGCCCUUGUACCGUAUGUAAGGGAAUUCGUGCGUCGGCACGGGCAAGGAAAUCAGGUCAUGGCCGAGUUCGACAAGGUCAAGAGGCUAUGUCAAGAGCACCAAAAUGGUAUUCAUGAGAAGCUUGUGGAUAUAAUGAGCUCUCGCUCAACGUUGCACGUUAAUGGCAUGAAGAAGAUCGAUUGGGAUUCCGAGAGUGAUUCUUCUGAGGUUCAUCCAUACAUGGAGACCCUAGCCAAGGAGACGGGCACUCUUCACCGUGUUUUGAGUAAACAUUUACCCGAAAUGACUGUCGACAUGAUCAUGGGUCCCGUUUUUAAUAACUACCGGGACCAGUGGGUCAAGGCUUUUGAUGAGGCUCAUGUCGAGUCUGAAACUGGUAAAAAGAGGAUGAAAACCGACAUUGAACAUUUCCGAACCAAGCUCGGCAAAAUCGAUGGCGCUGGCGUCCUAGGUGAUAAACUCCUUCAGCUUGUGCAAGCGAAGAGUGUUGCCGCCCCAAUGUUUGAUUCGGAGCAACCUGAACCUGCAGAUGACGAACAAGACGAAGACAAAGGGUCUGACUCUACGAAGUCUUGA